UGGCUGUGGAUCCGUCUACAGGGUGUCGGAGGGGUCAUUCCGGAAGUCGGCGCUGGACGCUUCGGCUUCCUGGGCGGAAGUGUGUCACAACCUCGGUGGUCGCCCCUUUGGAGGAAGUUCGUCACGUCGCAGUUGUCUCGGCACGGCGGAUGUGUGUCGCCGCCUCGGUGACGCUGGGAAGUGCUUGCAGCCCCCGCCGCUGCCUCUUGGUUGAAGCACUAUGGAGGGAGAGAGGAAGAACAACAACAAGCGGUGGUAUUUUACCCGAGAGCAGCUGGAGAACAGCCCGUCGCGGCGCUUUGGCGUGGACUCCGAUAAAGAACUCUCUUACCGCCAGCAGGCGGCCAAUCUCCUCCAGGACAUGGGACAACGUCUGAACGUCUCACAACUGACGAUCAAUACUGCUAUAGUAUACAUGCACCGAUUCUACAUGAUUCAGUCUUUUACACAGUUUCAUCGAUAUUCUAUGGCUCCAGCGGCCUUGUUUCUAGCAGCAAAAGUAGAAGAACAACCAAAAAAAUUGGAACAUGUCAUCAAGGUGGCACACACUUGCCUCCAUCCACAGGAGUCACUUCCUGACACGAGGAGUGAGGCUUACCUACAACAAGUUCAAGAUCUGGUGAUUUUAGAGAGCAUAAUUUUGCAGACCUUAGGGUUUGAACUAACAAUUGAUCACCCACAUACACAUGUGGUAAAGUGCACCCAGCUUGUUCGAGCAAGCAAGGACUUAGCACAGACAUCUUACUUCAUGGCAACCAACAGCCUGCAUUUGACCACAUUUAGCCUGCAGUACACACCUCCUGUGGUGGCCUGUGUCUGCAUCCAUCUGGCUUGCAAGUGGUCCAACUGGGAGAUCCCAGUCUCAACUGACGGGAAGCACUGGUGGGAGUAUGUUGACGCCACUGUGACCUUGGAACUUUUAGAUGAAUUGACACAUGAAUUUCUACAGAUUCUAGAGAAAACUCCAAGCAGGCUGAAGCGCAUUCGGAAUUGGAGGGCAUACCAGGCUGCCAUGAAAACCAAACCAGAUGACCGAGGAGCAGAUGAAAACACAUCGGAGCAGACAAUCCUCAAUAUGAUUUCUCAGACCUCUUCAGACACAACUAUUGCAGGAUUAAUGAGCAUGUCAACUACGUCUACAAGUGCAGUGCCUUCCCUGCCCUCUUCUGAAGAGUCAUCGAGUCUAACUAGUGUGGAUCUGUUGCAGGGCGAGCGCUGGCUGUCUUCCCAACCUCCCUUUAAACUUGAAGCUGCUCAGGGUCAUCGGACUAGUGAGAGUUUAGCACUUAUUGGAGCUGAUCAUUCCUUGCAACAUGAUGGUUCGAGUGCGUUUGUCUCCCAGAAGCAGACGAGCAAGAGCGUGCCAUCUGCUAAGGUUUCACUUAAGGAAUACCGUGCAAAGCACGCAGAAGAGUUGGCUGCUCAAAAGAGGCAGCUGGAGAACAUGGAGGCCAAUGUGAAGUCACAGUAUGCAUAUGCUGCCCAGAAUCUCCUGUCUCAUGACAGCCAUUCUUCAGUUAUUCUCAAAAUGCCCAUUGAGGGCUCAGAAAAUCCUGAACGGCCUUUUCUGGAUAAGGCUGACAAAUCAGCUCUGAAAAUGAGACUCCCUGUGGCUAGUGGAGAUAAAGCAGCUUCUUCAAAACCAGAGGAGAUAAAAAUGCGCAUUAAAGUUCACUCUGCAGGUGAUAAGCACAAUUCUGUAGAAGACAAUGUCCCCAAGAGCAGGGAGCACAAGGAGAAGCAGAGGACUCACCCGUCUAACCACCACCACCACCAUCACAACCACCACUCACACCGGCACUCUCACUCACAGCUGCCAGUCGGCCCCGUGAGCAAGCGCCCGAGCGACCCGAAACAUAGCAGCCAGACAAGCACCUUAGCACACAAAACCUACAGCUUGUCCAGUGCUUUGUCAUCUUCGAGUUCUACUCGGAAAAGGGGUCCCCCGGAAGAGACUACUGGGGCAGCAGUGUUUGAUCAUCCAGCCAAGAUUGCCAAGAGUACUAAAUCUUCUUCCUUGAAUUUCCCCUUCCCCCCCCUUCCUACAAUGACCCAGUUGCCUGGGCAUAGCUCAGAAACAAGUGGCCUGCCCUUUUCACAGCCUAGCUGUAAAACUCGAGUUCCUCAUAUGAAACUGGAUAAAGGCCCUCCUGGGGCUAAUGGUCACAACACAACUCAGUCAAUAGAUUAUCAAGAUACUGUGAAUAUGCUCCACUCCCUGCUUAGUGCCCAAGGUGUUCAGCCCACCCAGGCCCCUGCAUUUGAAUUUGUCCAUUCUUAUGGUGAAUAUAUGAAUCCCAGAGCUGGUGCCAUCUCCUCCAGGUCUGGCAAUACAGACAAACCUCGGCCACCACCCCUCCCAUCAGAACCCCCUCCACCACUUCCACCUCUUCCUAAGUGAAAAAAAAAAAAAAAGAAAAAAGGAAAAAAAAAAAAAGA